AAAAAUGCUCGGGUUGUUUCCAUCGAUGGUUAUGAAGAUGUUCCGACAAAUGAUGAGAAGUCAUUGAAGAAGGCUGUGGCAAAUCAACCUGUUAGUGUCGCCAUUGAAGCUGGGGGCAGAGCUUUUCAACAUUACCAGUCGGGUGUUUUCACUGGACUGUGUGGAACGGACCUAGACCAUGGAGUUGUUGCUGUUGGGUACGGUACCAAAGAUGGGGUAGAUUAUUGGAUUGUGAGGAACUCGUGGGGUCCCAACUGGGGAGAGAAUGGGUACAUCAGAUUGGAGCGAAAUGUGGCCAAUACAUCUACUGGGAAAUGUGGGAUUGCAAUAGAGCCCUCGUACCCUACCAAGAGCGGUCAGAAUCCUCCUAACCCCGGUCCAUCUCCUCCAUCUCCAGUAAAGCCUUCCACGGUUUGUGAUGACUACUACACUUGCCCUGAGGGAACCACUUGCUGCUGUGUAUACGAGUAUGGUAACUACUGCUUCGGUUGGGGAUGCUGCCCCCUUGAAUCUGCCACUUGCUGCGAUGAUCACUCAAGCUGCUGCCCCCAUGACUAUCCCAUCUGUGACCUUGAUGUUGGGACUUGCCUAAUGAGCAAGAACAACCCAAUGGGAGUAAAAGCGUUGAAGCAAAGUCCGGCUAGGUCAAACUGGGCUCGCCUGCAUUCCAGCAGGAAGAUCAGCAAUGCUUGAUGAGCACAUUCGGUUUUUAUGGGGUCUUGAUGAGCACAAUUUCA